CUAUUUUCUCUCAGUAAAGAUUGAAGAGAAAAGAAAAAAACUGCAAGUUGUUGGCAGCCUUUCGGAGAUCUCAAGGGCCUGACCCCUCAAUAUUUCCGAAGCUGUUUUAGCAUUUCUUCCCAAUAGUAUUAGCCAUUACCUCCCUCAGAAGCUAAUUUUUCUUCCACCUUCUUCAUCUCCAACAAAUUUCUUCCCACCCCAGAAGGAGAUAAGAGACACAGUCUUAGAAAAAUGGCGUCCCUUUCUUCAAUACAUUGUCGUUCUUAUUCAUAUUCGUCUUCUUUAUUUUCUUCUCAUUCAUCGUCGAUUAAUGGACAGCAAUUUCAACGAAUAAACUUCUCUUCUUCUGGGAUUCCCAAGUGUUUGUCACCAGCUAAGGUGUUCUCAAAAUCUCGAAAGAAAUCCUACCCAGAUGUGGUUCUCAUGCAAGAUGGUGCAGUGGCCAUUCCAGUAGACCCAUUGGAAAAUGAGUCGUCUUUCAAGAAAGUGAAAGAUGGGUUGUUGUCUGCAAUAACAUCCGCUGAGGAAUUAAAAGAAACAGCUGGCUGUGACAUGAACAAAGGGGAAUCAACUGUCAGUAUCACUGUGGUUGGUGCCUCUGGGGACCUUGCCAAGAAAAAGAUAUUUCCUGCGCUUUUUGCACUUUACUAUGAGGAUUGUCUCCCCAAGCACUUUACUGUGUUUGGUUAUGCUCGGAGUAAGAUGACUGAUGCUGAACUUAGAAACAUGGUUAGCAAGACUUUGACUUGCAGAAUUGAUAAGAGGGCGAACUGUGGUGAAAAGAUGGACGAGUUUCUUAAGAGAUGUUUCUACCACUCUGGGCAGUAUGAUUCUGAGGAAAAUUUUUCAGAAUUAGACAAGAAGCUGAAAGGACAUGAGGGUGGGCGACUUUCCAAUCGUCUCUUUUAUCUAUCAAUCCCUCCAAAUAUUUUUAUUGAUGCAGUCAAGUGUGCAAGCAUGUCAGCUUCAUCUGCUAAUGGCUGGACCAGGGUCAUUGUUGAGAAACCCUUUGGCCGAGAUUCAGAAUCCUCAGCUGCUUUGACAAAAUCACUAAAGCAAUACCUAGAUGAAGAUCAAAUAUUUAGGAUAGACCAUUACUUGGGAAAAGAGCUGGUGGAAAACCUGUCUGUUCUCCGCUUCUCCAAUCUCAUAUUUGAACCCUUGUGGUCAAGGCAGUAUAUAAGGAAUGUACAGAUAAUAUUUUCCGAAGAUUUUGGCACUGAAGGACGUGGAGGGUACUUUGACCAUUAUGGGAUAAUAAGAGAUAUCAUGCAGAACCAUCUGCUUCAAAUACUUGCCCUUUUUGCCAUGGAAACCCCUGUCAGUUUGGAUGCAGAAGAUAUCAGAAAUGAAAAGGUCAAAGUUCUACGAUCAAUGAGGCCUAUACGACUUGAAGAUGUCGUCAUUGGGCAGUACAAGAGUCACACUAAAGGAGGAGUUACUUACCCAGCUUACACUGAUGACAAGACUGUGCCGAAUGACAGCUUAACUCCAACAUUUGCAGCAGCUGCCCUUUUCAUUGACAAUGCAAGAUGGGAUGGAGUGCCUUUCCUUAUGAAAGCAGGCAAAGCGUUGCAUAAUAGGAGGACAGAGAUUCGUGUACAGUUCAGGCAUGUGCCGGGUAACUUGUAUAAUCGGAACUUUGGAACAGAUCUUGAUCAAAGUACAAAUGAGCUUGUAAUCCGAGUGCAACCCGAUGAAGCUAUCUAUUUGAAGAUUAAUAAUAAGGUCCCUGGCUUGGGAAUGAGAUUGGACCAUAGCAAUUUAAAUCUUCACUAUGCUGCAAGAUAUUCGAAGGAGAUUCCAGAUGCAUAUGAGAGGCUAUUGCUAGAUGCUAUUGAAGGGGAAAGAAGGUUAUUUAUCAGAAGUGAUGAACUGGAUGCUGCUUGGUCACGAUUUACUCCUGUCCUUAAGGAACUUGAAGAGAAAAAGAUUAUUCCCGAGUACUACCCGUAUGGUAGUCGGGGCCCUGUUGGGGCUCACUAUCUUGCGGCAAGAUACAACGUCAGAUGGGGAGACCUCGGCCUAGACCAAUAAAUCUGGGAAUGUUGUUUGACAUUUGGUAAUGAAGUAGGAUAGAGAGAGCAGGAGCUUCAUAAUUCAUUUAUGUUUUAUUAGGAUGGUUAGAUAGCGAACUCUGAUAUACAAACUCCACGGGAGAUCGACACAUGCUUUGGUGUAAUGUAAACAAGCAGAAUGUAUCAGGAAAAUAAGGAUUAUCCUUUCCACACUCUUGAGUUUCAAUACGUUCUUGUGGUUGAUGGUAAAUUUUAACUUUGAAGAAAUGUUCCAGAUUCUUGUUUGGCUACAA